AAUUCUCUCUUCCCUUUCCUCCCUAACCCACAACCUGCUGUUCAAUUCAGCUUCGGUUUUGCUAUAACGGUAGAAGACUUCUUGCCGGCAACGUUGGUGAGCUGUUACCUUUGUCUGAGAGACCCAGUGAACUCCACAACACCAAUAGGCUACAGAUAUGCAAGCAAUCAAGUGUGUGGUGGUCGGAGAUGGAGCUGUGGGUAAAACCUGCCUCCUGAUCAGCUAUACCACAAAUGCCUUCCCUGGAGAAUAUAUCCCAACUGUAUUUGAUAACUACUCUGCCAAUGUGAUGGUUGAUAGCAAACCUGUAAACCUGGGACUCUGGGAUACAGCUGGCCAGGAAGAUUAUGACCGCUUGAGGCCUCUCUCCUAUCCUCAAACGGAUGUCUUUCUCAUCUGCUUCUCUUUAGUCAGCCCUGCAUCAUAUGAAAAUGUCCGCGCAAAGUGGUUUCCUGAGGUACGACAUCACUGUCCCAGCACUCCCAUGAUUCUUGUGGGCACAAAACUGGAUCUCCGGGAUGACAAAGAUACCAUUGAGAAGCUCAAGGAGAAGAAGUUGGCCCCCAUUACAUAUCCACAAGGACUUGCACUGGCCAAAGAGAUAGAUGCAGUGAAAUACCUUGAAUGCUCAGCAUUGACCCAGCGUGGCCUGAAAACAGUGUUUGAUGAGGCCAUCCGGGCAGUUCUCUGUCCACAACCCACAAAGACAAAGAAAAGGGGAUGCAGUUUCCUUUAAGGAUCCCAAGCUCUGACACUGGACUCCACGGACUGAUCCAUGUUUUGUGCUGUUGCUGAUGGGACAGAGAAAUGGCUUUGGCACCAACUGGAUAUUCCACUGGAUUAUCUCCUGCAGCUGUCUGGGUGGCACCAGUGGUUUUGUUUGUUUGAUUGUUUGUUUGUUUAUGGGGGCUUCCACACUAGCUGUUUCCUCUGAAAUUGGCAUCCUUUAUUCACUCACUUCCUACAACGCACUCAAAUCACCUCAUUGCUAGUCUAUCACAUUCCUAUAUUUUCUGAUUUAUUGCCUUAUGUUUUUGGACACCUGGUGUAUAGUUCUGCCAUUAGAGACAGUGUUGUAUAGUGGUUUUCAGUGUUCAGCUAGGACUCAGAUCAGUAUUCAAAUCCCUGCUCAGCCACAAAAACCCACUCGUUGACCUUGGGCAAGUUACCUUCUCUGAGCCACAGAGGAACACAAUGGUAAACUUCUGAAUAAAUCUUGCCAAGAAAAAAAAUGAUAGCUACUCCAUAAGUUGAAGGUGACUUAAAGGCACAUAACAACAUCAUAUAUGGAUCUACCAAAACUGUGUACUGAAAUAAAUUUUCAGUGCCCAUAGGUCCAGCAUGGACUCUUCAAAAUUUCUGAGGGACUUUUCUGCUUUUGGCUCCCUGUUUGCAGACUUAGGGGCUGUGAAGACUGGCCAUUAAGGUUGGCUUGGGGGCAGAAGGUACCAUCCAUACAACACAUGCCCUGACUCUGCCACCAUGGCAGCAUGAUGCCAAGCACCACUCCACACAGUGCGCAGCAUCACAAAACUCCUCUAGCACAGCUGGAGGCAGCUGCAGGCCACCCCUUAGUCUGUUUAUUGAAUCCCCUUGAUUUGGGAUAGGAGAUUUUUUAACAUCGGUAUCCUUUGAAUUAUCUCUUGAAUAGCUUCUCUAAAUUGUCCCAAUGCCAGGAUCUUAGUGUGUGUCAGUGAUGUCAUUAGGGGAGUGUGGGAGGUGCAGUCCAUACCAAGUGACACCCAAAGAGAGGAUGACAAUACUGGUCCUCAAACACCUGCCUUUUGGCAGAAACAGGCUGUGGCAUUCACCUGUGCUGCAUUAAAAUGCUAAAGAGAUGGUGUGAGUGGGAUGAGUCUCUGUGGGAGGAGAAAGGCAGGAGCCC